CAGUCUUGAUACAUUAUCAUAUCUAGAAGGUCUUCAAACUUGUUUUCUUGUUAGUAUGCGUUUGGACAUGCGAUUUUAUCUGGUGAUUUCGGAGUAUCAACAGUGAGUUGGAAGUAUCAGAAGUGCUUACAUGGGUUGGAAAGACAAAAUUAGGACUGUGUUUCAGGGUAAUCGAAAUGAGAUUGAGCGCGGAUGUGGACAUACUAUUAAGUCUCAUGGUUUGUCAGUUGCGAAAAUUCACUUGCAUGACUGGCUUAUAUUGCUGCUGCUUGUAGUUAUAUACAUAGUUCUUGAUGUCAUCGGUCCAUUUCAUCGGUUUGUUGGAAAGGAUAUGAUGACUGAUCUGAAAUAUCCCAUGAAAGAUAAUACAGUCCCAGCGUGGUCUGUUCCUCUAUAUGCAGUUGUAUUGCCUGUUAUCAUCUUUGUUUUCAUCUAUCUUCGGAGGAGGGAUGUCUAUGAUCUGCACCACAGCAUUCUAGGCCUCUUAUUCGCCAUACUGAUCACGGCUGUAAUCACUGAAGCCAUCAAGAAUGGAGUAGGUCGUCCAAGACCAGACUUUUUCUGGCGUUGCUUUCCUGAUGGUAAAGAAGAGUACGAUCAGUGGGGAGACGUGAAAUGCCAUGGUAAAGAAAGCGAUAUUAAGGAAGGACAUAAGAGUUUCCCGAGCGGGCAUACAAGUGGGUCAUUUGCUGGUCUCGGGUUUCUAUCGUUGUAUUUAGCAGGGAAGAUAAAAGCAUUUGAUCGUCGAGGGCAUGUAGCAAAACUAUGCAUAGUUUUUCUUCCUCUCCUAAUGGCAUCUCUUGUCGGGGUCUCUCGUGUGGAUGACUACUGGCAUCAUUGGCAAGACGUAUUCGCUGGAGGACUGAUAGGCCUUUUCGUUGCUACAUUCUGUUACCUGCAGUUCUUCCCAGCUCCAUACCAUACUGAAGGUUGGGGACCAUAUGCAUAUUUCCAGGCAGUGGAGGAGGUUCGUAGCAACAUACAACGCGUUCAACCUGCUAGCGGAGAAUCAGAGGUAGCACGUCCCGAUGGACAACUCAAUCAGCAUACAACUGCUAGUCCUUUUGAGGAUGUGGAGUAUGGCAGAAUGUGAGACAUCAUAAGACACUGUAAACUUAUGUUUAUCAUUGUUCAAAGUGUUCAACCGCAAUCGUAGAUCCCGUAAAUAUAUUAAAAAACAGAAGAAGUCAAUAAAAUUUUAUAAAUCGAAACCAUACACAGACUGAAGACUGGCCUGAUGGCGUAGAAGAGACCCUUAAAUUGCUUAUGUUCAUCAGAUGGGGUUAUCUUUUUAUUAUUAUUACAUUAUUGGAG